GUGAUAUUCACCUUGCUAAUGUGUUUGCGUUAGUAUAUUUUUGUCCAGUUUAUUUAGUUAGACGUAACCUUCCACAAUGAGUAGAUAUAUCCUUCCUGCGUCUAUAUUCGGGACUGUUUUUGGCGGUGCAGUACUGCUAAAGAACCAUUUGACAGGAGGCACCUGCCCAAGUAAAGCCAGGAUCCCUGGAAAGACGGUGGUUAUAACUGGAGCCAACACCGGGAUCGGGAAAGAGACGGCCCGAGAGCUGGCCAGGAGAGGAGGAAGGAUUAUUAUGGGAUGUCGAGACAUGGGGAAGUGUGAAGAAGCAGCACGUGAGAUCAGAGGUUCCACCCUGAACCCUCACGUUUACGCCAGACACGUCGACCUGGCUUCAAUUAAAUCCAUACGGAGCUUUGCUGAGAAGAUCAACCAGGAAGAGGAACGAGUGGACAUUCUGAUCAAUAAUGCUGCGGUGAUGAGGUGUCCUCCAGGGAAGACCGAAGAUGGCUUUGACAUGCAGCUUGGAGUCAACUACCUAGGCCAUUUCCUCCUGACCAAUCUGCUGCUGGAUAAGCUGAGAGACUCCGCCCCCAGCAGAGUCAUCAACCUGUCGUCUUUGGCGCACAUCAUCGGCGAGAUUGACUUUGAGGACUUGAACUGGGACAAGAAGAUGUUUAACACGAAGAAGGCGUAUUGUCAGAGCAAACUCGCCAUUGUCCUAUUCACACGAGAGCUCGCACGCAGGCUCGAGGGUACUGGGAUCACGGUAAACGCCCUGCACCCUGGAGUCGUCGCCACAGAGCUGGGUAGACACACAGGCAUGCACCAAUCGCAGUUCUCCAGCACUGUACUCAGUCCGUUCUUCUACCUGCUGAUAAAGUCACCUGAACUUGGUGCCCAACCAAGCGUUUACCUUGCCGUCGCCGAGGAGCUGACGAGCGUGAGCGGUCGUUACUAUGACGUUAUGAAGGAGAAAGAGCCCGCCCCUCAGGCUCUGGACCAGGAAGUGGCAGUCAAACUCUGGGAUAUCAGUGCUUCUUUGGUGGGUUUAGAGACCACCGUUUCUGUACCAACCUCUUCUCCAGAGACUGUAACACCUGUUAAAGUUCUGCCUGAGGAGAUUCGGACAUACCAGUCAGAGCCUACCGCUGCUUUGACGAACGUGUAAGACUGACGUGACCGGCAUUACGGACCAUAACACUGCUAUGAUUGUGUUAAAUGACUUGAUUUGUCGGUCUAAACUGUUUAAGGUGCUUUCUUUGGAGGUCACACAAACCAAGCAAAGACCUGUAAUAUGUAACAAUAACAGUCUUUUUACAAUCCACUUAAGGUGGAACUACUUUUUCCUGUUCCAGGGGUUACUAAUAAAAGUAUUUAUUUAAAGCAA